CUAGAACGCGCCAAUAUCGUGGACUCGUAGAUGAUGAUAUAAACGAAGUGAAUGAAUACGUUGGGAAUGUAAUUGGGCACAGUUAGGUUUAUCGAAACAAAUCACAUUGUAGAAAUAUCUGAAUGAAACGUCGUAUAUUAAAUAUGGAUCCCGAAGAAUUUUCGAAAUUAAAAUAUGAAGGAGCAGACUCCCUUGUCGAGAGGAACACAGUGCCUCAAGGCUUUAAGCUAACCAAUCCAUUUGCAGUGGCAAAGUCUGAUGCCACAGAUCUAGUAGAACUUGCUACAGAAAUCCAAAGGGCUGAUAUUCUUGUAAGAGCUACAGCAUGCAGCAAGCUACAGAUGAUAGCGCAACAAGUUCGUUUCCUACAACAAGAAGCCCAGAAAGUUCUUCUAGAAGCCAAAGAAAGCUUGGACCUUCACCACGCAGCAUGCAACUUCCGAAAGCACCCUGGCCACAUUUACUAUCUGUACAAAAGACCGUCUGGAAAGCAGUAUUUCUCUAUGCUGUCUCCAGAGGAUUGGUCUAGCAGUCACGAGGGACCACCACAUAUUUAUUUAGGGGCAUACAGGUUGGAGCAAGACCUCUCGUGGACACCUGAAGCAUCAGUUGCUACCAGAUCGAAGCAGCUAUCUCUCGUGGACAAACUGCUCACCGAUGAAGACAUUAGACUUAUGAGGCCAUUAGAAAUGGGGAAUAAGGUUUCUGAUAUAGAGAUGGAAUGAAAUUAGGAGAGGUACACAAUAUAGCAGUGGUUCCCAACCUGAGGACAUCAGAGGUCAUCAAAGAGAAAAAAAUUUUUAGUGUCAAAUUCAGGUGAAAUAAUUUGUUUUAGCUGUAUUUAAUUUACUCUUCCAUAUGAACCCAUCAGAAUUGUUAAUCCAUAUAUAAAAAUCCGGAUGGAUUAGAUUUCAACAUUUCUCAGCAUAAUUCACCCCAAAAUAAAGAGAGCCAUGCAUCAUUUUGAUUUUAAGAAAUGUACUUAUUUAUAGUUCUGGUGUGGUAGUAAUUGCAAAUUAGUCAAUCAUAGACAAUAAUAUAAAUGUAAGUGCAAGGACUUACACAAGGGUUUGGUGAAAACCAAACUGGAGUGUCACAUCAAAUGUUUGGGAACCACUGCAGUGUAGGAAUGGACCAGACAUUCAAAGCAUUUGAACAGUCCUGCAGUAAAUUCAUAGCAGACGGUAUUCACUGCUUUGAUAAUGUGGUCUCUUGCAUCUGUUUGUCAUGAUUAAUUUUGUGGUAACUUUACUGUUGCUGUGAAAUUUUUAUUUCAUGUAAAAAUAAGGAAGUUCUUCAGUGAAGCCAAAAAAUGAAAAUUGUGAGAUACACUGAUAUCUAAUUUUUUCUUUAAACUUUUUAUUUUCACUUUCUUGCUUCUUCCAACUUCCAUAGUUUCUAACAAAUACUAACAUACAUGGCAGGCUCGGACAAGACACUCCUGUCUCAGUCGUGCUUGCACAUGACCAAAUGUUGCUUCAUUUUUUCUUUUCUUUUUCUUUAAGUUAUGUAGUACUUACACAGACAUGAGUCUUCAAACUAUGGAAAAUGACUAAGGGCUUCAGUGCUGUCAUGUUGCAUUCACCCGGUGAGCUGGAAGAGUGAGGUAACAAUUAUAUACAAAAAACACAACAUGGAAUUAAACUUGAACCUCUCUCUA